AUGGCUUCAGCUUUAGACUUUCCCACACUGUAUCAAGAUUUCGACCGCAACCCCGCAGGAUACCUUGCAACUACAACGUACGGCAGAGCUGCCCUAAGCAGACUGAGUGAAGUCAGAGAGCAUAUUUGCCUCCCUGACGGAAGGAAGGUCACACUUCCAGUAAGAGACAUACUUGAUGAUGGAAAGGUCGAAAAGCUCAACGUCUUCAACGAUGAUGAAUUGAGCAAUCUCCUCGGUGGAAUUCCUGAGACUACAGCUACAGGUGUCAUGCCUCAAUUCUUGGAUUUCCUUUCUAUAUAUGCAUCGCCACAUGGUAGAGACAAAGAACUUCGUUUUAGCGGGUUCAAAACAGAGACAGUCUUGAGCAACCCGAUCUCGGACACUGUCAUACCAGAGCUGGGGAGGAGCGGUAGAAGAUAUCAGCUUUGUUUCAAUCUCAAGACUGUAGCGCAGAAGAGCAGGGUAGGCUGGAAGAUUCGUCAAGCGGCUGUCCAUCAUCAAUUUGACAUCGGCCGGGGUUCCCAGAUGUGGAUUGUAGGAGACCCCCACGCCGUGCUCAAGGAGCGUACAGGGGAGAUAUUCCCAGAAGGGCACAGCUUCCCAACCAGUUUCAGCACAAUGCAGCAAAGCUUUGCAUCCUCCUUGGACAUACAUCUCGAAUUCGCACAAUGGGCAGCCUCUGAGUGGCGAUGGCAUAUUUUGUUCCUUGAGCAGGGCGCGGAAGAAUUGACCAAGCCAGCUCGGGUCAGAGAGAGAGCACACAUCGAACACCUAGAGCCGGAAUCUCUCAGUGACGUACAGAAGUGGGAAGAGAAGGCUAGUGAUGCCGUGAUGGCCUUGGAGUCCAAUGCCAACAUCAUGAAGUUGCUACAAAAGUUCUAUCGAGACUUGCUGAAGGACGAGAACUUUCCAAAAGGAGACCGUCACGUAUGCUUGCAACGAGUGAAGAAGUUUGCCUCGCAAUUAGAGGAGUUAAUCUGCGAAGCAAAUAUGCAAAUAUCAAGGACCAAGAAUCUCGUGAAGGUGGUAGCCGACCGAAAAACAAUUCUCAUCCAACAUCUUCAAACACAGAACGCCAUCAUAUCCUCAAAGCUUACUGCAAGUAUGUACGAACAAGCAGAUCAAAGUGCCAUGGAAGCAAUCGCGGUUCGCAUUGUAACGAUUGUAACUUUGAUUUACCUUCCAGCAACCUUCUCCAGCACAUUCUUCAGCACUGAUGUAGUCAAAUAUCAGCAAGGCGAGAUCUUCUCGCAGAUAGCUUUGGAUAGAUUUCUUCAAGUCACUCUCCCGCUUAUGUUCAUGACAUUCGUCCCUGCUGGAAUAUGGUUCUGGAUUGAAUGGCGCAGACGGACUAAGAAGUCUCGCCAAACAAAAGUCAACUUCCUUGAUCUAUUUUCCCAGGAAACUCAAAAGUUACUUCAGUAA